AUGAUACUUAUUUUUUUUGCUGGAUUAGGUUUAAAUGGAUUCGAAGCUAUAAGUUUAGUUUAUGUAAGCGAAAUUUCAGCUGAUAAAUUCAGAAAUUAUUCAACUGUUAUUCUUAAUUGUUCAUGGGCUAUUGCAUAAAUUUUAUAUAGUUUUGUUUCUUUGUAUCUAUAAAAUUGGAGAUAUGUUUGUACUGUGUUUAUUGGAAUUCCUUCUUUACUUUUGGUUUUCGUUUGUAAUAAAUCCUUGCUUGAAACCCCGAGAUAUUUUGUUUCUAAAAAUAUGUAUGAGGAAGCUAGAGUGGUUUUGGAUAAAAUUUGCUUAUAAAAUAAAAGACCAAGAUUUUAAUACAGAUUAGAAGGAGAAAUGUAAGAAGGAUUAGAUUAUCAUCAAAAAUAAAAUUAAUAAAAUUUAUAAGUACAUAAUUAUAAUUAUUUAGAUUUAUUCAGAUUUCCUUCAUUAAGAAAAAUAACGUUAUGUAUGAUGCUUUUGUGGGUUUUCAGAUAUAUAAUUUAUUACGGAUAAACUUUUUCUUUAAGUAGUCUAGGCGCCGAAAUGCAUUCAAAUUUAACUUUUACUGCUAUGAGUGAAAUUGUUGCUACACUUUUAAGUGCACCCAUAAAAAUGAAAAUGAAAAGAGUUUAAUCUUUAUUUUGGUUUUCAUUAAUUACUGGAAUUGCAUGUGUUUCAUUAUUUUUUCUACAAAUGCCUUCUUAAUGCUAUUUUUUAGGGUAAACGUGUGUUUAAAAGGCAUUAAUUACACUAUUCGCUAUUUUAAUUAGAUUUGGGAUUUCCAUAUACGGUAACAUAUUAAUUACUUUUACUAGUGAAAAAUAUCCAACUGUAGUUAGAAGCAUAGGUUAUGGGUUAAGUAUAACAAGUGGAAAAAUAGUUACAAUUUUUGUUCCUAUAAUUGUUGUAUAGAUAUUAUAUUAUGAAUUAAAUCCUUUAGCAUUUUUCGGAAUAAUAGGAAUAGUUGUUGCUAUUUUAGCUAAGUUUAUGAAUGAAAGUUAAGGGUAAGAAAUGAAAGAUUAAAUUUAAGAAAUGAUUGAAAAUGAAAACGCGCUUAUUGAACUUGAAAAUAUAGGAGGAUUUUCAAACAAAGCUUUAAAAUAGAAUUUAUUAAAAUGA